GAGAAAAAUGAUAAUAAGAAGUAUACUUGUUCACUUUAAUGCUUCUCUUCACUUAGAGGAGAUUGUGAUAAAAAAAUUUUUAAAAAAACUCCUUUACCACUAACAGCAGUUCCAUCUAUGCUGUCUUUCAGAACACGAGAAGAAAGCUGAUUUUCAGUGCCUCUGGCCUUCCUGUCGAAAGCAGACAAAGAGUGUAUGAAGACUGCUCAGAUAUGUCAGAGACUUCCUCCCAUGAUUCUUUCUACGAUUCCCUGUCAGACGUGCAGGAAGAAGGCAAGAAUGCUGACUUCUUCCCCGAGCUAUCUGCUUUUCUCAGCCAGGAAGAGAUAAACAAGAGUCUUGACCUGGCCCGGAGAGCUAUAGCCAACUCUCAAACGGAAGAUUUUGACUCGGAAAAGGAGGUCUCACAGAUUUUCAACACCUCUCCUGUCAGCCUCUGUGAAAAUCCUUCCCAUCAGGAGGCCAAGCUGGGUGAGCAGACCUCCUCAGGAAGACCCCAGGAGACCAGGCCAACACCUGCCCAGCCUCUGGCAGAAGAACAAACUCAGAGUAUCUCUUCACCUGUUUCAAAGAGGAAACCUGCCUCAUCACCCCUGCUUGCCAGGCCCAGCUACAUCCGGAGCCUCCGAAAGGCUGAAAAACGGGGUGGAAAAACUCCAAACACCACCGUAAAGCCCAAACCAAGGUAUCAAGGUAAGACUGGCCCGCAGAGCCAGCUGUGUGACAAGGCAGCUAAUUUCAUUGAAGAGCUGACGUCCAUAUUUAGAGAAGCUGCAAAGCCGAGAAACAGAAGCCCAAAUGGGGAGUCCUCAUCACCAGACAGUGGGUACCUGUCUCCUAAAACCCAGCCGUCGGCCCUGAUGAGUGCCUCAGCCAGCCAUAGCCCCACAGAAGACCAACAGGAGUCAGAAACAGAGGUGAAGGUGCCCGAGGCCAGGCACUGCUACCAGGCCCACCAGGACCGGGCCGUGCCACGCAGUAGCGUCUCUCACCCACCACCCCAGAGUGCACUCCACUGCCCGUCCGCGCCUCGAUUCAUCCAAAAGCUGAGGAGCCAGGAAGUGGCAGAAGGAAGCAGAGUUUAUUUGGAGUGCAGAGUCACUGGAAACCCAACUCCUCGAGUCAGAUGGUUCUCUGAGGGCAGAGAACUGCACAACACGCCUGAUAUUCAGAUCCGCUGUGAGGGUGGCGACCUGCAUACCUUGAUCAUAGCAGAGUCCUUCGAAGACGACACAGGCCGCUAUACCUGUCUGGCUACAAACCCCAGCGGCUCAGACACAACAUCUGCCGAGGUGUUCAUUGAAGGUGCCAGUUCAUCAGAUUCUGACAGCGAAAGUUUAGCUUUCAAAUCAAAACCUGGAGCUAUGCCACAAGCUCAAAAGAAAACAACUUCCGUUUCCCUAACAAUAGGAUCAUCAUCUCCAAAGACAGGAGUGACCACAGCUGUGAUUCAGCCCUUAUCUGUUCCUGUUCAGCAGGUUCACAGCCCAACUUCACAUCUUUGCCGACCUGAUGGAAUGACUUCUGCCUCCUUCCCUCCUAUUUUUACAAAGGAACUGCAAAACAUAACAGCAUCAGAAGGGCAGGUGGUGGUUCUGGAAUGCCGGGUCCGAGGAGCACCUCCUUUGCAGGUCAAGUGGUUCCGGCAAGGAAGUGAAAUUCAAGACUCUCCAGAUUUCCGGAUUCUACAGAAAAAACCGAGAUCUACAGCUGAACCUGAGGAGAUCUGUACCCUCGUUAUUGCUGAGACUUUCCCUGAAGAUGCAGGGAUCUUUACAUGCUCUGCAAGGAAUGAUUAUGGCUCAGUAACCAGCACUGCCCAGUUGGUUGUCACCUCAGCCAACACUGAGAACUGUAGCUAUGACUCAAUGGGAGAAUCCAACAAUGAUCACUUCCAGCACUUUCCACCUCCCCCUCCAAUCUUGGAGACGAGUUCCUUUGAGUUGGCUUCAAAGAAACCAUCUGAGAUCCAACAGGUGAAAAGCCCUGAGUUAGGACUUCAAAUGCAGUUCAACUCUGCGGAGAGGGAAACUAACGGAGUCCAUCUCAGCCAUGGAGUAAAUGGACUGAUUAACGGCAAAGCUAGCGGUAAUAAAUCUCUUCCAACACCAGCUGUCCUGCUGUCACCCACUAAGGAGCCACCACCUCUGCUUGCCAAACCAAAACUGGGAUUUCCAAAGAAAGCUGGUAGAACUGCUAGAAUAGCCUCUGAUGAGGAGAUCCAGGGCUCGAAGGAUGCUGUCAUUCAAGACCUGGAACGAAAACUUCGCUUCAAGGAGGACCUCCUGAACAACGGGCAGCCGAGGUUGACAUAUGAAGAAAGAAUGGCUCGUCGACUCCUAGGUGCUAACAGUGCAAAUGUCUUUAAUAUUCAGGAGCCAGAAGAGGAAACAGCAAAUCAGGAAAUUGGGUCUCCUCAUGCUUCUGUAGGGAGUCCUCUGGAUGGUCAAAAGGAAUACAAAGUCUCCAGCUGUGAACAGAGACUCAUCAGUGAAAUAGAGUACAGGCUAGAAAGGUCUCCUGUGGACGAAUCGGGCGAUGAUGUUCCGUAUGGGGAUGCGCCUGUGGAAAAUGGAAUGGCACCGUUCUUUGAGACGAAGCUGAAACACUACAAGAUCUUUGAGGGAAUGCCUGUAACUUUCACAUGCAGAGUGGCUGGCAAUCCAAAGCCCAAGAUCUAUUGGUUUAAAGACGGGAAGCAGAUCUCCCCAAAGAGCGAUCACUACACCAUUCAGAGAGAUCUCGACGGGACCUGCUCGCUGCACACCACAGCCUCCACCUUGGAUGAUGAUGGGAACUACACCAUCAUGGCUGCAAACCCCCAGGGCCGCAUCAGUUGUACUGGACGGCUGAUGGUCCAGGCUGUCAACCAGAGAGGUCGCAGCCCCCGUUCCCCCUCAGGCCCUCCUCACGUCAGAAGACCUCGUUCCAGUUCAAGAGAUAGUGGAGAUGAGAAUGAACCCAUCCAGGAGCGAUUCUUCAGACCUCACUUCCUUCAGGCUCCUGGGGAUCUGACUGUUCAAGAAGGAAAACUCUGCAGAAUGGAUUGCAAAGUCAGUGGGUUACCAACUCCAGAUCUAAGCUGGCAGCUCGAUGGAAAGCCCAUACGCCCUGACAGUGCCCACAAGAUGCUGGUGCGUGAGAACGGGGUGCACUCUCUGAUCAUCGAGCCAGUCACGUCGCGAGAUGCCGGCAUCUACACGUGUAUCGCCACCAACCGAGCAGGCCAGAACUCGUUCAGCCUGGAGCUUGUGGUUGCUGCUAAAGAAGCACACAAACCCCCGGUGUUUAUCGAGAAGCUGCAGAACACGGGCGUCGCUGACGGGUACCCGGUGCGGCUGGAAUGCCGUGUGUUGGGAGUGCCGCCACCUCAGAUAUUUUGGAAGAAGGAAAACGAGUCACUCACUCACAGCACUGACCGAGUGAGCAUGCAUCAGGAUCACCACGGCUACAUCUGCCUCCUCAUCCAGGGAGCCACGAAAGAAGACGCCGGGUGGUAUACCGUGUCAGCCAAGAACGAAGCGGGGAUUGUGUCCUGUACUGCCAGGCUGGACGUCUACACCCAGUGGCAUCAGCAGCCACAGAGCACCAAGCCGAAAAAGGUCCGGCCCUCUGCCAGUCGCUAUGCAGCACUUUCGGACCAGGGACUCGACAUCAAAGCAGCGUUCCAGCCCGAAGCCAGCCCAUCUCACCUGACACUGAACAGCGGCUUGGUGGAAAGCGAGGACCUGUAAUCCAGCGCUCCGGUCACAGCUGAGACACUGAAACAGCCUUUGCCUUGACCACACUGUGUAAAAAGGCAGAAACAUACCUUUGACGAUAAGAAAU